AUGGGCGAAGGCGGGCCUGGCUGGCAGCCAGAGAGAAGAGCCUGCACGGCGUGGGCCGGCCAGUCACGCAGACUCGGGCGAGGAAAGCAUCGCACUGUUUCUCCCGGAGGCUUAAACCGUCUGAUCCAUUGUCUCCCUGCCCGUGUAAUUCCGGAAAUCUCUUUUCUAGGUUAUGCCUGCCGAAGCCUCAGCUCCUCUUCUCCUGUUCAGUCCAGGACCCACGUUAACUAUGACGUCAAGGGGGAUGUCGCAGUCGUGCGUUUUAACUCUCCGAAUUCCAAGGUGAACACCCUCUCCAGGAAGACGAAAGAAGAUUUCGCAGAAAUAAUGAAAGAAAUAUGGGGCAACGACGCCAUCAAAAGCGUGGUGCUCAUCUCGUCCAAGCCCGGCUGCUUCAUUGCGGGGGCAGACAUCAACAUGAUCGAGGAGUGCCAGUCCAGCCAAGAAAUCACGGAACUGUCUCGUGAGGGACAGGAGCUGCUGGCAAACUUGGAGAAGUCCCCGAAGCCCGUCGUGGCGGCCAUCAGCGGUUCCUGCUUUGGGGGAGGACUCGAGGUGGCCCUCGCCUGCCAGUACCGAAUAGCAACCAAGGAGAAGAAGACGCUGCUGGGCACGCCAGAGGUGCUGCUGGGGCUGCUGCCGGGCGCAGGCGGCACCCAGAGGCUUCCCAAGAUGGUGGGACUUCCUGCUGCCUUCGACAUGAUGCUGACCGGACGAAAUAUCCGUGCUGACAGAGCGAAGAAGAUGGGAUUGGUGGACCAGCUGGUCGAUCCGCUGGGUCCCGGCAUCAAGAGCCCCGAGGAGCGGACGCUGGAGUACCUGGAGGAAGUGGCCAUCACCUUCGCCAACGGCCUCGCCAACAAGUCCAUUUCGCGCAAGACGGACAAGGGGCUGAUGCAGAGGCUGAUGAGCUACGCCCUGAGCAUCCCCUUCGUGCGGCAGCAGGUCUACAAAUCGGUGGAGGGGAGAGUCCAGAAGCAGACGAAGGGGCUCUACCCCGCCCCGCUGGCCAUCAUUGCGGUUGUGAAGACGGGCCUGGAGCAAGGCAACGAAGCCGGGUACCUCCUCGAGUCGCAGAAAUUUGGGGAGCUCGGGAUGACCCCUGAAUCCAAGGCCCUGAUCGGGCUCUACCACGGGCAGGUGCAGUGCAAGAAGAACAAGUUUGGGGAGCCGAAGCAGCCCGUCCGGCACCUCGCCAUCCUGGGCGCAGGCCUGAUGGGCGCGGGGAUUGCCCAGGUCUCCGUGGACAAAGGCAUCACAACCGUCCUGAAGGACACCACCCUGGAGGGGCUGAACCGGGGGCAGCAGCAGGUCUACAAAGGCUUGAACGACAAGGUCAAGAAGAAGAGCUUGACCUCGUUCGAGAGGGACUCGAUCAUGAGCAACCUGACGGGGCAGCUGGACUACAAGGACUUCCGGAAGGCGGACAUGGUGGUGGAGGCCGUCUUCGAGGACCUCGGCGUCAAGCACAGAGUGCUGAAGGAGGUGGAGGAGCUGGUCCCUCCGCACUGCGUCUUCGCCAGCAACACGUCCGCUCUGCCCAUCAGUCAGAUCGCUGCCGUCAGCAAAAGGCCGGAGAAGGUGAUCGGGAUGCACUACUUCUCCCCGGUGGACAAGAUGCAGCUGCUGGAGAUCAUCACCACCGACAAGACGUCCCCAGACACGGCCGCCUCCGCCGUGGCCCUCGGCCUGCGACAGGGGAAGGUCAUCGUCGUGGUGAAGGAUGGCCCGGGCUUCUACACCACCCGCUGUCUUGCGCCCAUGCUGGCUGAGAUCAUCCGCGUCCUCCAGGAAGGCUUCGAUCCCAAGAAGGUGGACGCCCUCUCCACGGGCUUCGGCUUCCCCGUUGGGGCCGCCACGCUGAUCGAUGAAGUGGGUGUGGACGUGGCCACGCACGUGGCCGAGGAUCUCGGCAAGGCCUUUGGCGAGCGCUUCCGGGGCGGGAGCGUGGAGCUGCUGAAGGCCAUGGUGGCCAAGGGCUUCCUUGGCCGGAAAGCUGGGAAGGGCUUCUACCUGUACCAGGAGGGGGUGAAGAACCGGAACGUGAACGCCGGCAUGGAUGAGAUCCUGGAGAGGUUCCAAGUGGGGGCCAAGCCCGAGGUCUGCUCGGAGGAGGACGUCCAGAUGCGCUUGGUGUCGCGGUUCGUGAACGAGGCAGCCCUGACCCUGCAGGAUGGCAUCCUCAGCAACCCCGUGGAGGGGGACAUCGGGGCCGUGUUUGGCCUGGGCUUCCCGCCAUGCCUGGGAGGUCCCUUCCGCUACGCCGACUCCUACGGGGCCCAGCGGCUGGUGGACCGCAUGCGGAAGUACGAGGAUGUCUACGGGAGCCCCUUCACGCCUUGCCAGCUGCUGAUCGACCAUGCCAAAGACUCCAGCAGGCGGUUCCACAAGUGAGCUCGCCUGCAGCACCGCCCAGCGGCUGGGCAGAGGGCGCCCUGGGGGGCCGCCGUGCCUGUGGGGUGGGGCCCGGCCCCAGCCCUCCAAGUGCCUUCCCCGCUCGGGCACUGCCUCUCCUUGGCCCGGCCCUCGCCAGGCGGACGCGGCCCUCCCUGCAGCGGGCAACGGGACCGGCUUGUCCCCGGGGCCAGCAGCAGCCUCAGGAGCGCGGCUGUUUCCGGCCCAGCUGGCCUGCAGCACUGACUCGCCAUAAAGCCCCGUGUCUCGCCUUGUUC